AAAAAGUUCAUAUUGUGGGUGGUCUCCAUCCUUGUUUCUUUCAACAUCAAGUUGCAAAGGCUUCUGAUCCUUCUUCUCCUCUCAUCUGUUCAUUCUACAAUCUACAUUUCUGAAUUCUAAUCAGUCCCAGGACUUAGGUGUUUGAGGUAAGAGAUUUCACCUAUGGCUGGAGAAGAAUUGGUGGAGCUCAAAUUCAGGCUUGCAGAUGGAACUGACAUUGGUCCAAGCAAGUACAGUCCAGCUACAACCGUGGCAUCUCUCAAAGAGAAAAUACUUGCUCAGUGGCCUCAAGACAAAGAAAAUUGCCCAAACACAAUACAAGAAGUGAAGCUAAUUAAUGGUGGAAAAAUACUUGAAAACAACAGUACAGUUGCUGACUGCAGACUCCUGGUUGGUGAACUUCCGGGUGGUGUAAUCACGAUGCAUGUCGUUCUUCGCCUUCCUUUGUCAAACAAAAGAAACGAGAAACAAGAGGAUGAUUCUCCAAAGAAAAGCUGCUGUUUAUGCACAAUCUUGUAGCUGCCUAAUGAGAUUGCUGAUGCCACUUCCUGUUAUAUUUGUUGUUGGAAUUGCCAAUUCAAUGUUUCAGGAUUCCAAUUCUGGUGGCAGCAGAAAUAAUUAAAAACACCAAAAGGCAAAAAAAAAAAAGAGGGGCGGGGCGCAAGUGAAGUUGGGGAUGAGAAAAGAGAACACAAGGCAAACCCUACCCUGGCAAGGCAAUAAAGGGCAGAUAGAGAGGUAUGGUGCAAAAGAAUGAAACAGAGAUUUUUUGGGGGGUGAUAUUGUA